UCUUACAAUGCCGGAUCCCGCGAAGUCAGCGCCCGCCCCGAAGAAGGGCUCCAAGAAGGCGGUGACCAAGGCGCAGAAGAAGGACGGCAAGAAGCGCAAGCGCAGCCGCAAGGAGAGCUACUCGGUGUACGUGUACAAGGUGCUGAAGCAGGUGCACCCCGACACGGGCAUCUCGUCCAAGGCCAUGGGCAUCAUGAACUCGUUCGUCAACGACAUCUUCGAGCGCAUCGCGGGCGAGGCGUCGCGCCUGGCGCACUACAACAAGCGCUCGACCAUCACGUCCCGGGAGAUCCAGACGGCCGUGCGCCUGCUGCUGCCUGGGGAGCUGGCCAAGCACGCCGUGUCCGAGGGCACCAAGGCCGUCACCAAGUACACCAGCUCCAAGUGAGCGCGCGCAGCGCCCUGAACCCAAAGGCUCUUUUCAGAGCCACCCACUCGUCAUUCAAAGGACUGUAGCUACAGAUUUGUUUCGUCAGCCGGCCCGG